UACCGAGGAUAAAUAUACCACAACGUCAACAAACCUAGGAUAAAUAUACCACACCGUCAACAUGCCGAGAACAAAUAGACCACACCGUCAACAUACCGAGGAUAAAUAUACCACACCGUCAACAUACCGAGGAUAAAUAUUCCACACGGUCAACAUACCGAGAACAAAUAUACCACAACGUCAACAUACAAGGAUAAUAUAUUUUACAAUGUCAACACACGAGAACAAUACACGACACAAAGACAACACAUGAGGACACAUAUAUAUAACAGAAUGAACACUCGAGGACGGACCGGAAAUGGUAGUCGAUACAAAAGACAAUCAGAGGAACCGAUGGGAUAACAAAUCACCACGAGAUAACCAGCAAUAUUCUGAUGCAUCACAAGAACAAUCACUUCUCCAUUCAAAACACUCUCCAAAGAAUGUGUCUGAGCCAAACCGACCCUCGGAGGAGUGGGGUGUCGAGGGUGCUUUCGAGUCCGACAUACAACUGACCCCACUUCAGGCCAGAGUCCUAAAUGCAGACAUUGUGCUUACCGAGUCUGGACAAUUUCGCAGUAAGCGAAAGGCAUUGUCCAACGCCGAGUCCCUUUGGCCCUCUGGAGUAAUUCCGUAUCAGUUCGAACAAAAUUUCCCAUGGCAACACGAGGUCCUGGAGGCCCUUAAACACUGGGAGAAGGAAACUUGUAUUACGUUCCGAGAUGUUUCGACCAGUGUUCAGUCCGAGCUUGGACAUACAAGCAUUGUACAAUUUGCACAUGGACCAGGAUGCUCGUCCACCAUCGGUAGAAGUAGUGACGGGGGGAUACAAGAAACAUUCCUCGGCGAUUCGUGUAACUCGGUUGGUUCUGCAGAGCACGAAAUAGGACAUGUGAUAGGGUUUUUUCACGAGCAGUCUCGCCCAGACCGAGACGAACACGUGCAUAUUCACAGAGACAAUGUUGCGAGAGGAAGAUUGAUGGAAUUCCGGAAGUACGAUACUAAUCGUAUUCGAACCGACGAACCUUACGACAUUGGGUCUGUAAUGCACUACGGGCCUACAUGGUUUAGCAAGGACGGGAAAGCUCACACUAUCGACCCAAGGGACACGAGAAUGAUGCCAUGGAUGGGACAGAGGAAGGAACUCAGCUUUAUGGACGUCAAAACGGCCAAUAAACUCUACAACUGUGGCAGUAAAUGUUCCCCUGGCCUGAUGUGUGAAAACGGUGGAUACGUUGGGCCGCAAUGCACGUGCGUGUGUCCCAAACAACUGACCGGACGGACUUGUUCCCAAACAGUUCACGAAAACAUGGACUGUGGUGGAGUUUUGGAUGAGCCCACUGGUACGAUUACCUCCCCUGGCUACCCAGACAAGUACAGUAACAAGGCCGCGUGUAACUGGAUGAUCCAGGCCGGACAAGGAAAGGCUAUCACAUUGGUAUUUCGUGCGUUUUCCGUGGAGAAGGGUAGCGAAUGUGAAUAUGACAGUCUGGAGGUGAAAGUCUAUGGACCCGGUCUAGCUGGACCAAAAUUGUGUGGAGAACACCAACAGCCGGAACCGAUCGUCUAUCAGGGAUCCAACCUUGUAAUCCGGUUUACAUCUGACGAAAGCUACAAUGUGUCUGGUUUUAGUAUUGAUUAUCAUAUACAAUAAACUAAAUGGUUGUUUGAUGAUUGAACAUGUACUAUAUAUCUUCAUGCAUAUGUUGUACAUGAAUGUACAUAACCCAGUAACCUCAACUACAACAUGUAAACAUUACCAACUACAAUUACAUAGUCCAAGUAAUCAAAUCUGGAACAUUUCGGAAAGAAUGAAAAGAAAGAAAUUCAGAGAGGAGCUUGUCUCAGUAAAUGUAAUAAAGUUAUC